AUGCCGAGAGGCAUAAAAUAUUUAGAUCUUUCUGGGUCUGGAGUGGAAGAGUGGUCUCCGUCAUCUAUCCAAUUUUUUGACAAUCAUGUGUUCGUAAAUAUUUCCCAUUGCGAAAACCUUAGAAGUCUUCCAAGAAUUAUAUAUUGCAAUACUUUUUCAGCACUUGAUAUCAGGUUCUGCCCAAAUCUCAUCAUGGCUCCGCAGAUUAUGGAAAUGCUCAACGAAAUUGCCUCCCUUAUUUGGUUUACUCUCUUUAAAAUAUCUGGAUCUAGAUGGCACUGCACUUGUAGAAAUUCCCCUGACAUUGUUUCUUUGUCAUCAUUAGAAUUACUGUCUCUACGUGAUGCUCCAAUAGAAGAAUUGCCGUCAUCAAUUGGUUGUCUCUCUUCACUUGUUAGUUUGAAUUUGCAGAGAUGUAAAAAGCUUAAGAGUCUCCCAAACAGCAUUUGUGAAUUGAAAUGUCUUAAGACUCUACUUCUCAGCGGCUGUUCAAAUCUAGAGAAAUUGCCUCCUUUAUAUGGUUUAUGCUCCUUAAAGAAUCUAUAUCUGGAUGGCACUGCACUCGUAAAAAUUCCCCUUGACAUUUUCUCUUUAUUAUCAUUGCGAGUAUUGUUUCUAAAUGAUACUCCAAUAGAAGAAUUGCCGUCAUCAAUUGGUUAUGAAUUGAAUUUUUGUAAUUGCGUAAAUUUGGACCAAAAUGCACGUGGCACCAUUAUGGCAGAUGCUAUCCAGAGAAUUAAAGAAUUAGCCUUUGCUAGAAGUUAUGGAGCAUUUUAUCCUAGUUUUUUGGUUGGUUUACCCGGAAGCAAAAUGCCUGAGUGGUUGAGCUGUGAAGGCCCAGGAGAUUUAAUAGAAACUUCGUUCCCUCCUGGUUGCUUCAAUAAUAUGUUCCUGGGUUUUGUUUUUUGUGCUAUUCUAGAAUUCAAGGCUCCUGUUGUUCAUGUGCGGCAUUUACAAUUAAGAUGUCGAAGCAGUUUCAAAAACAAUAAUGGCGACAGAGUCGCCAUGUUUUCAAGUAAAUAUUUCUGUUUGGAAGAUACCAUAGAAUCAGAUCAUGUGAUCUUUUGGUACGAUGGCCAUGGCAUUUUCUCUUUAGAUUGGCUCAAACAAAAUUGUGACAUGGAGAACAAGGCAAAAUUCGACCUCGAGCCUGAGAGUGUGGAUAUGACACAGUUGGAAGUGAAAAGGUUUGGGUUCCACUUGUUAUAUGACAAAGUUGAGCUAAACAAAUGCAAUCCUUACAUAUGCAGAGAAGCCAAUUUUCUGGAGCAAUUAGAAGAAACAGCAAAUGCCAACAAUAAGAGAAGCAGGGAAGACUUCUACUCCAGUAAUAUCAAUGGCAACCAGGAGGUGGAAACACACCCUAAAAGAUUGAGGCCAAACUUCUUUAUGGAAGAUUACUUUUCAAAUGCUCAGGAUGGGAUUAACUACGAUGCUACUAUGGUUCCUUCAAGUUCUUCAUGUGAAUUUGCUCCCAAAUUCUACAAAUUUCUUUGAAAUUCGUCCCUACUAAUUGUGGAUAACUAGGGUUUGCGGCUCUCUUUCCCUCAAGCUGCGUUGACAUCUUCCAAAUCUGGUCAUCAACUUUCUGAUCUGUCGGAUCUCAUUUGUUUUGGGCAUCAACUUUCUGAUCUGGCGAGUCUUACGAGCCCAUCUCUCGCGACUUCAGUGGCGUCUUCCAGACUAACUCUACGCCAACCCCGGCCUUCUCCAUCUCGCCUCUUCCAUUUCUCUUCUUCACUCAACGAUUCAGAAGCCCUAUGGUUUUAGUAGCCUCCAAUUUCUCCCUCUCUUGCACAAACUUAAUUAGCGACUAUAAGUCUUCCAUUUCAGAAUUUGUUGAAUAAUUGACAUGUGGGAUGGAGAAAACUGGUUUUAACACAAGGAUGGAUGACAAAUUUUAAUAAAUGAUUCAAUCGUGUAAUUCCCGCUGUCAGUUGCAAAACCAUGCAAUCAUUUGCCAAAUCUCAGGUUCUGCUUUUUCUGAUCACUAAUGCUCACCAUCAUUGUUGUCCCUUUUUUCCCUAUGCUGCCCAUCAGCGGUGUUGUUUGUUUGUUUGUUUGUUUGUUCUUUCCUUUUGGCUUGAUUGAGGUCCUUAAAACAAUUUCAGUAUCACUGCUCCUUAUAGUCCUAAAAAUAAUUUAUAGACAUUAAAACUUAUUGACAAAUAAUCUUCACAUGGAUAUGGAUGGUAUGGAGUUCAUGGAAUGGUAUAGGAGAAUAAAGAAUUUUUUUUAAAUGGAUUUGGAUGGUAUGGAGUUCAUGACAAACAAUGUCCAGAUUAAUUCAAUUAUAUUAUUGUUUAUGAUAAAUAAUUUUUUUUCCUAAUCAUCCCAUAAUACUAGUGUACCUUAAUUAAGAUAUUUUUAGUCUGAGAAUUCCGAUCAUCCAUAUGCAGUAUCAUAUU